AUGGCUAAUGCGCUGGAGGCUGGUCAGUCUGAGAUCAGCACCCAAAGUGACCCUGAGAGUUACCAUGGGCUAGAUCCCGAGUCCUAUACGGCGCAACGAUUGCGCCAUGCUUCAGCACACCAUCUCCAUUUAACCACUAGGCGAUUCUUUAUAGGCCCUAUCCCCGAAGGGUGGAUACAGAAUCACCGGAAGUCCUGGUACAAGAAGCGGCUCAGCUUUAAGAACUAUACCUCUCGCACUAUUACAUUCUCAGCAGACCCCGCUUCUUCUGCUCGAGUUCAACAAAGCGGUAUUCCACACUACAGCAUAUGUGCAGAAGAGACAGGAACUGACUCUCUUCCGAUUGAAGAUGGUGAUGACAGGGAACCUAGAGGACUCCAGCGUACGGAAGUGAAUGAAACAGAUUCAACGAACAGUGAAGAGGAGAGGCCUCAUUCUCCCGAUGAAAAUGACUCUCGCAGCCGGGAUAAUACAGGAGCUGGUUCCGCCAAAGAUACUCUAAUUUCUAGCUCAUAUGCUACCGCCAGGGAAACUCUGACAGACGGAGUUGCAUCUGGAGCAUUGUCGUCCAGACAUUAUACCACAAGGAACCGCCCUCGACGCCGCAACGAUGAGUCGCCAACCGCCCCCUCAUUUCAACAAUCCGAGGCUACUCAGCCAUUAAGUCCAGUGGAAUCCUCUGCCGAAGCAGGGUCGACUACCUCCCUCCUCGCUCAGCAGAAGCGGGGUCGAGGAGAGGGGAAUUCGACAAGGACACUACAAAGAGCGGACCCUGAACCUCAUGAUACGUUAGAGGAGAGUUCCGACGCUGAUUCCAGUGCUGCCGACAGAGUCUUGACCCACUUGUCUAGCAGGCUGGCUCGUUAUAACCUGGGGGAUAAUUUCCUUGACAAAAAACAACGUCUUCUCUCGCGAAUCCAGAGAACCCAUGACAGUAUUUCCGCGAAUCGGCCUCGCUGGAGUAAGGGUCAGGAAGGAGAAAUGGUGAGAGUAGAGAAGAUGCUGGUGCGAGUGGAAGAAACAGUGAAGAAGCUCCCACCUGACUACAAUGAGAACGAGAGUCUGAAAAUGGAGACAAGAGUGGUUGCAAAAUGGCGAGAAUAUCUCGUGGUAUGUCGGAGAAGCUCCGAAGAAAACACGCCGUAUACAUUAAAGAUGUACAAGACUCGUGUCAUCCAAGACGUGGAGAACUCCAAAGUCCGGAAAGCCGCAUAUUACGAGGUACCUUUAAACCAGAAACACACAAAAGUCAAUCUCUACUCUUCCAUCGACAAAACUGUUGUCAUCUGGCAUCCUUACAAACGAGGCACUAGGAUUUAUAUUGUUCGGCCACGGUCAGCAGCACAUGCGGUUGAAUGGUACACCUUCAUUCGCCAGACAUUAGGAUGGCAUCGCCCGUCUUCGCUCCUCAUCAACGUUCCAGAUCUCGGCAUCUCUCUAAUCUUCAAAAAACCGUUUGAACAGUCCGAUCUCGGUGCUGUUAAACAAGGAGGAAGACAAGAGGGCCGUGAUAGAGAACAGCUUGCAGCUGCAGCUAUCAUCAGUAACUGCAUGAAGAUGCUCAAAGAUCGAGAGGAAUGGGCGGAUGUGCUGAAGGAAUGGUCAAAAACCGCCAAGAUGGGCCUGGCAUGGAAACGAUAUGACCGAUUGGAAUGGGUCUACGGAGUCAACGAGCGACAGAUGUACGGGACAAUUGCAAUGCAAACCUCGCACGAUCUCGAACUGCGACCGAAACACCAUUACUCGACCUCCAUCAAACGUGACGAAGAGGAAAAAGUAGAGGAACCGGCACCAGUUGAAGGUUUUCUGGUGCGCCUCACUUCACAAAAAGGGGUGCAGCAACGGAUGGGGAAAGCCUUUUUCAAGCGGCAUUACUUCUGCACUCAAGACCAUUACUUGUGCUUCUGCAAACCUGCAAGAGCUGCCCCUCCUCAUCCCCCACGGGAAAGUGUGACUGAGUCCAAUAUCCCGUCUUAUCGGGAGAUUAUCAAGGAUAUGCCACUCCAAUUCGAGGUCAAUCCUUUUCCACUGGAGGAUGGCCAGAUUGCUUGGCUGCGCAGCGGCAAUAAAGAAUUCAUCCGGAGACACGACGAAGAAGCCUAUGCGCAGUCACAGAGGGUUCUUCACAACCUCUCACACUCCGAAGGCUUUAUCGAUCUGUGUCAGAUACGCGAGGUGCGACGUGUACAUAGUGAGAACCGACCACGGGGUUCAAACGUCCACGGUGAUCGGGAUACCGGUUCCCGGCCAGCACGAGGCCAUUCAGAUGGCGGAUCCAUGAAUCAUGUAGACUACGCUCGUGCGUUCGAGCUAGUACUGGAGAAUGGGCUUGUAGUCCGGCUGCAGGCGUACAACACGACUACGAGAGAUGAAUGGGUGACGCGUCUGGAGAUGUUAAUCAACUACUGGAAAGCGCGCAUAGCGGCUGAUUCGACCGAGCUCAAAACACUUCGUCAGCGUAAUCUCGAGUUGCUGGACAUUGACGAAGAGACAGAGUCAAUUCUGGGACAGUUUGCAUGUAAAUGGGAAGUCAAGCGGGCUGAGGCGUCGCCGCAUCUAUACAAUAUGUGCUCUAUCUCGGGCUGUCGGGCAAUUAAGAUGUCUGGACAACUCUACCGCAAACCUCGUCGUCAUUCGACCUUCAAGAGAUGCCAUGUGAUACUCAACUCUGGCGGUCGACUCCUUAUCUUCCAAGACACGCUCCGCACAUGGACGGGCGUUGGGAUCCCCCACAUCCACAAGGAACUCGUGGCGACGAUGGACCUGCGGGAUUGUUACAUUUACUCGGGCCUUCUCACUGAGUCGGACCUCCUUUAUGCGAACCAGACAUUCGACAGCAACCGCCCGGGCCACCAUGCGCUGCCGCGGAUAUACCUCUCCCAGGAUGGCUGGACCAGCCGGGACGAGGACACGGCCAUCUGCUUUGUCAUCUGGCACCCACUGCGCAAGAGCCUGUUCCGGACGACGGAAGUCAAAGAAGGAGGCCGAACGAGCCGGCUGCUCCGGCAGGUGUCGACGCUCGGCGUGCCGGGGAGGAGCGUCGUCUUCAAGGCGCGCAGUCGAAUGGAGAGAGACCGAUGGGUGUUGAGCAUCGAGUCUGAAAUCGACCGGUUACAGGAGGAGCGGGGGGAGGAUGUUCGGAUUGUUUAG